AUGGCAGCGGUGGGCAAGGACAAGAGCAAGGCCAAGGCCAAGAGCAAGGACAAGAGCAAGGCCAAGGCCAAGAGCAAGGACAAGAGCAAGGCCAAGACUAAGGCCAAGUCCAAGUCCAAGUCCAAGAGCACGGACCAUGAGGCUGUGGCUGGACCGGCUGGGGAUGGGCAGGAUGCAAGCGAGGAUGGCGGGGCGGGAAACGAUGAGUCCGUCGAGAGGGCCAGCCAGGGGUACAUCCUGUUUGUGGGCAAUCUCGGGUACUCGACCAAGCCGGAGCAUGUGAUUAUGCACUUUGGCGAGUAUGUCGACACCGACUCGAUCGUCACCUUCCGGCUCAACACCGAUCGGCACACCGGCAAGUCCAAGGGCUGCGGCUUUAUCGAGUUCUCCUCACCGUCUGCCCUCCAUGCGGCUGUUGUUCACGUCCACCACUCCAAGCUCCACGGCCGGGUCAUCAACGUCGAGCUCACUGCCGGCGGCGGCGGCAAGGCGGCCAAGCGCCAGGAGAAGAUCCUGGUCAAGAACAUCAAGUUCCGCAAGGAGGUUCGCGCCGCUGCCAAGCGCAAGCAUAAUGCCGAUAACUCUGCCGAGCACAGCGGCCGCGGAAGCUUUGCUCCCCCGGCUAAGCGUCAACGCACGCUUGCCGCGGAUGGCGGCACUGGGGCCGGUGGCGAUGGUGCUGACGUGGUCAAGGGCAAGGGCAAGGGCAAGGACAAGAGCAAGGGCAAGGACAAGGACAAGAGCAAGAGCAAGAGCAAGAGCAAGAGCAAAGGCAAGGACAAGAGCACGGACUCGGCGCCGCCCGGAUCGGGUGAUGCCACUGCGUGGUGGAACCAAUGA